GGUCCCCGAUGGCACAUUGAGCUGCAGCCUUGGGCCGGCCCUGCCCACUCCCUAGAUGAAGAAGCCACGAGGUUCCUGAACUACAUCAGCACAACACAGAUUGCGUGCAAUCACAUGAGUACCGACAGCCUGGAGGCUGACUUCAGCCCUACCCAGCAGCCCUGGUCAGUGUGUCUUGAUGAUAGGUUUGGCUUAGCUCGCCAAAUCCAUAACAAGCAGUGCCGCCUCUACUCCUUAGGGCUGGGAAGUGAUAGUACCGGCUUUGAGGUGAGCAUGGCCAAGAAUGGAUGUGAAGUGCAUCGUUUUGAUCCUAGUGUGAAGUCAGCUCACAUCCUGGAGAGCCAACGCCUGUGGUAUCACCGCUUGUCCAUCACCUGGAGGGACCCCCACCCAGCUGUUGCUGUUCAGAAGUCACAUGCCAAUGCCAGAAAGCUGGGAAGUGUUUUGAAUGAAUUUGGGCAUUACAAGAUUGAUGUGCUCAAGGCAGAUCUGGAAAGUGCAGAAUGGAAGGUUCUGGAAAAUCUCAUUCUGGAAAAUGUCAUUGAACAGAUUGGCCAGCUCAUCUUUGAGAUCCAUCUCCACUGGCCCGGGUUUGAGGUUAGUGGCACUGACAGCAGUGUCGUGCGGUUCUGGUACAGUCUCCUCAAAGAGUUAGAACAAAAGGAUUUCAAGCUUUUUCACAGUUACAAAGACUUAACUAAACCUCAGCUAUUCCUGAAGAAAGAGAUCUUCAAUGCAAGUAGCUGCUAUACUCUAAGCUGGGUGAAUACAAGAUGGGGAUAGCAUGCAGGUCCACGUCGAGAAUGCU